AUGAAGAGAGCAAAGGUGAGCGCAAUUUACAAUGGGGUGAAGUGUACUAAGCAAAGCAGAGGAGAAAGAAGGAUGAUCAGAAGGGCUAAAAUGCCUGCGAGAAGAAUGUAUAGAAUGACGAAUGUGAGUUCAUCUAUCUCUCCUCCCUCUCAUCUGGUUAUUCGCAAUCAGAGGACGAUGGUGACAAGAUCCAUGUCUUCGAUGGCGAGUAAUCAACCAAAACAAGUAGUGCAGGUGGUGGAGGAGACUGGGGUGAAUGAGGAAAAGAAGAAAGAGGAGGUUAAUGCUCUGGUUUUGGAGAGGAGUGCAGGGGUGAUGGAGGAAUGGCCAAUGACGUUUAGUUACGAGGAGGAUUGGAUGUGGAAGAAGGGAUGUGAGUGGGGAAUGGGAUGGUGGGAGGUGAUGAGUGAUCUUGGACAGGAGCCUGCUUAUGAUAAUGGUGAUUUCUGGGAAGGUGAUAUUUGGUUCGUGAAGAACGUCAAUCAAAUCCCCAGCCCUAAUUAG